UCACCCCAUUCCAAUUCCAUUUCACUUCCUCUCUAUAAUCUCCAUUCUCCACACUUGACUCACUUCUCUACAACCCUCUCAAUAUUUUAUUAUACCCAACAAAAAUUCUUCACUCACUCUUAAUUUCUUAUGGCAUCAUCCGAGAACGUAGCCAGCAUUGAGCCAUGUAUGCUUCGUCCCCCUGUCACCGAUUCAUGGCUCGCAGAGUUCUUCGCUCGUGACGCCGAUGCCUUAACCAAGGCUCUUCAGAAGUCUCUCUCCGGUACUGUCUUGCCGGACGAGGAAAACUACUUUUCUCCCUUUCUGCCCAAGUCAGACCCCGCCGUCGCCACCCCCACCGUCUCCAGCCUCUCCGGCUCCGAUCAGGACUCGGCGCCGCGCCGCCGCGCGCCGCUUCCGCCGUCCGGGAAGAUCUCCAAGAGGAAGUCCCGCGCCUCGAAGCGCUCGCAGACGACGUUCAUCACGGCGGACCCCGCCAACUUCCGACAGAUGGUGCAGCAGGUCACCGGCGUGCGGUUCGGCGGCGCCGGCCAGCCAAUUGCGCCGGCGGCGGGGGUUGUGAAGCCCGAGCCGCAGCGUGCCUCGGGCCUUGCCAGGUUCCCCGCCGGCGCGGGGUGCCUGCCGACGCUCGACACGUCGGCCUUCCUGCUGGACCAUCACCAGCAGGUGGUGGGGCCCUCCUCUGUUAACUCUGGGCCUGCCACCGGGCUUUCUGGGCCCGGCCCGCUCCCCUUCGCCCAACCCCUCCUUGACGCUUCCUUCGCCUCCGCAGGGUUAGAUUUUGACACCUUCUCCAGCUUCCCCACUCUCGAGUCGUGGAAAGUCAUGUGAUAAAGAAAGAAGAGAAAAAAAAAAUUGAGAAUAUGAGAUGAGAUAGAUUCUCUGAAAAUUUUCUUUUUACUUUUUCCCUUUUUGCCCCUCUCGUGGGUUAAUGAAUCUAGCAGGGGAAGCUAGCUAGGAUGAUCUUAUGUAAAUUUGGGAAGGGAAAAUGGAUAUGGAACUAGUAUCUCUUUUUUUUUUUUUUUCUUUCUGUAAUUUCUGUAACAUAGUUACUUUCUUGUUAUUACUAUUAUGAAGGGGUGGAGAUAUGGUAGCUUUGUUUAGUUUAAUUAAUUAACCUAAUUAAUGAAAUUCGAAGUUUAUCUCUAUGAA